UGGAGGAGGUCAAACCUUUUUUUUUUUUUCAGCAUUCGCCAUUCCAGUUGUUUGUUGGGAUGUGUUUGAGUCACACCGGAUGUAUUACUCAAGACUGUGCCAUUAUAAUUACACGAACAUUUGAAGGUGUUACAAAGUUUGGUAUCAAACUCUUUGCUGUGAGAUUAUCUCACAUUGCGUUCAGUAGCGUGUUCUGCAAGAGUACGAGCGAUGUUUUUCCCCUCAGGAGUGUCGUCUUGACUCGGGAGUCAAAGUUUUUGCAUGAGUUGAAACCUUGUCAGCAACAGGGAGAGGCUUGGGAAGGCCUUGUGGUCUCUGCUUGAACUAGUAACCAUGGCUGGGAAUUUUGACGCCGAAGACCGAAACAGCUGGUAUUGGGGAAGACUCAGUCGCCAGGACACAGCAUCACUUCUGCAGGGACAGCGGCACGGGGUAUUUCUUGUCAGAGACUCGGUUACAAGCCCUGGUGACUACGUGCUCUCCGUUUCAGAGAAUUCCAAAGUGUCCCAUUACAUUAUCAAUAGUAUCAGCAACAACCGCCAAUCUGGAACAAACCCGGCACCUCCACGUUACCGCAUCGGAGACCAGGAGUUUGACGGCCUCUCUGCCCUUCUGGAGUUCUACAAGAUCCACUACCUGGACACCACCACUCUGAUCGAGCCGGUGUGUAAGAUCAAGAAUGCUGGCUUUGUGAGCUCUGCUUCUGCUGCCGGUGGUGGUGCUCCCACAAGGCCUGAUGAGGUGGAAUACGUGCGCGCCAUCUUCGACUUCCCCGGUAACGAUGACGAGGACCUUCCCUUCCGCAAGGGAGACGUCCUGCGGGUCAUCGAGAAACCCGAGGACCAGUGGUGGAACGCGGCCAACCUGGACGGUCGACAGGGCAUGAUACCCGUGCCCUACGUGGAGCGCUACCGUCCCCCCUCGCCCACCGGAGCGGGCCAGACCGGGCCGGUUGGCACGGGGGCGUCCGAUGGCUCGGGGGGCGCGCCGCCCACACAGUUGGACUAUGCCCAGCCGGUGGUGAACACGCCACUGCCCAACCUUCAGAACGGACCGGUGUACGCCCGGGCGAUACAGAAGAGGGUCCCCAACGCCUACGAUAAAACCGCUCUAGCUCUGGAUGUGGGCGACAUGGUGAAGGUGACCAAGAUCAAUGUGAACGGCCAGUGGGAGGGCGAGUGCAAGGGCAAGAAAGGCCACUUCCCCUUCACCCACGUCCGCCUCCUAGACCAGCAGUACCCAGACGACGAGAGCUGAGAGGUUGCGCACAUGCACAUGCAGACACAUGCACACAUCCUCCCCAAGACCCUGCUGUAUUGUGUGAAUGUCUGACACCCACCCCCUCUACUUCCCUGCCCUACACCACAUAGGCCCCCUCUCCAUCCCCUUGUCCCUGGCCCAGUUGUGAGUACAGAUGGUGCAGAAACACCCUGCGGUUCCUCUCACCAUUUCAGUAUUCAGAUGAUUACACUUAAACACACACACACACACACACACACACACACACACACACACACACACCGUGUUUGUGUUCAUUUGUGCAUACAAAUUCAUCCAUGGCUCAUAGCUCCACCCCCACUCCCUUUUUUUGGCCAAAAUCCCACCUACACAUGCAUAGAUCAUGCAGAGCACAAGACUGUUCCUUUUAGGUUUAUUUCAAAUUCAAUUUGCCAUACAAUCUGCAGAGCCACAAGGGAUGGGGUAUUGGAGUGUCCCCUUGCUUUCAAAUACGAGAACGCGUGUGUGUGAGAGAGAGAGAGAAACGGAGAGCAAUACCUUUCCCUGCACAAUAGGAAUCCUUGGUUCAAGGUCCAAACACUACAGACUGCCUGAUGUUCAAAUUGUUUUUUUACUGAAAAGAUGGAAAAUAUUAUGAUGAUGAGAUUAUCAUAUAUGUAUAGUACAUAGCAUUAUUAUUAUUAUUAUUAUCUUCUUAAUGGUGUCAUUGUUUGUCUGUUUUUUUGUAUUAUCAUGGUUUUGCCCACAUGUCUUAUGACCAAAUGCCAUCUGUUUGAUUAUAUUGGGAGUGGAUUUGUUGAGACCUCUUUCAUGGCAAAGGCAAAGCUAUUCUUGUUCACUGAGAGCAACUGUCUGUUGUAAAUUAGCUGUAAAAUGGGGCAUUGCUGAACAGUGACUAAAAAGAAUAUUGUUUUUUUUUUUUUUUUUUUAAACUUCUAUUCAUCAUUACCAUAUUUAUACAUUUUUAUAUACCCCACCCCCUUUUUUGUGCCCAUUCCUUUAAAAUGCAUUUGUCUUUGUUGGUUGUAUUGUUCUUCUCCUUCUCCUGUGCCAAAGACACAGGUGCCUCUUGACACACAUAGUGCUUUUUACAAUAAUGCAAACAACUUAAAUGCUAAUGAGAGUAUUAUUAAGAUUUUUUUAGGAGUUGUUCGCUUUUGUGUUUUUUGGCGUGUGAUGGUGUAUAAGUGUGUUCCUUGCUCCAAAGGCACGUUUUGCCGUCACCGCUGCUGCCGCUGCUGCUGUUGCUGCCGCCGCUGCUGAGUCAGUGUGGCCUCUAGUGUGUUCAGGGGGGAGUUUGUGUGACACGCCAGACAGACACUAGCAGCUGCUGUCCCCGGACUUGUCCCCUCAGGUCCGCCGCUGUGUCUGUACGAGAGCAGUCUGCUGCUUAUGAAAGGUGACAAGCAAGCGUGAGCUUCGGUGACAAAAAUUAUGCAAUACUCUUAAUCAAAAGGAGGACCUGCGCUGUGAAACAAAUAAUCAUUUUUGGGGGGAAAUGCUUUGAGGCAUUGCAUUGGAACGCUCGGAUAAGGUCAAGCCUUUUCUAUCCAGGGGCCUGUGCCAAGUUGAACUUAUUUGCUAAAAAGCUCACCUAGUCUGGCUGUUUAUUUUCUUCUCUCUGCAAGCUAAACAUGUUUUUUAUUAUUGUUAUUGGGAAAAGGGAUCCCUGAUUGUAAAUCACAUGUCAAACCUAUUCAAGUCGCAACUGGGCCAUGAGGUAUACAAGCUUUCGACCUCUGUCUCAUUUCUUAGGUUGUGAAAGCAUUUAUGAAAGAGACUCAAAGUCUGUCUGGUGUAAGGUGAUUCACAAUUGAAUAAAUUAGUAGUCUAUUCAGUCACUCAGCCAGUAACAUGCCUUUAACUUUACCAUCUUUUAAAUUACAGAUCAAAACACGCUGUGAGAUGGCCUCAUGCCUUUAUUAUCAGUGAUGUUAAUGCGCUAGCACCCCUGAGAAUGUAGUCAUUACAUUCAUAGUGGAGUAACACUGACCUUUUGUUAUAGGCCAACGAACCAUUGAUGAGUGUGAAUACCAUGAUACAGGAUAUCACCUUCUCAUUGGUGUUGAUGUGUUGCCAACCCUAGAGUAUUCAGACAUAACUGUACAUUCAUAUUGAUGAAACAGACGUUUUAUUACAGGCCAUUAGAGUGAAUAUUGACCAGUCUGUUUGCUAUGAUGUCGGUCUGUCGUUGUUACUCAAUAGAGCUGAUAAAAGGUUGAUUAUCUGUUAA